AUGGCGCCAACAGAUGAUCUCAAGGCGCACGCAGCCUCAUCACAAGAUUUCUACGCUUUACUCGACGUUUCGUCCGUGGCCGCCGAAAACGAGAUCCGUCGCGCCUACCGCCGCACAGCGCUAAAGUACCACCCGGACAAGAUCUCCAACCCUACGCCAGCAGAUAUCGACAAAUUCCACUUAUUACAAAUCGCCUACGAUGUCCUCUCGGACCCGGCUGUGCGGCAGUUAUACGAUAAUGCGCGGGAGGCGCGGGUGCGGAAACAACGGGAGGUGGAGAUGAUGGACGCGGCUAAAAGGAAGAUGAAGGAGGAUUUAGAGGCGAGAGAGAGGGCUGGAGAAGCUGCUACUGCUGCACAGCGAGGGGUGAAAAGGACAUGGAUGCCUAGUGCGGGUGAUAAUGAUGCCGAGGCGAAAUUGGAGAGGGAGAUACAGCGAAUUGCAGAGGAUUCGAGGCGGAGGCGGAAAGAGGCUGGAGAAAAACUUAUGAGAGAAGCGGAGGAGGAGGAGCGUGUUGAGCAGGAUAAGAGUAGUCAGCACGUGGAUCGGUCCAAAGAAGGCGGGACGAAUGUGCCUGAGCUUGAAAGAGCUGUCAAGGUCCGGUGGGUUCGCGAAGGGUUGGGCGCAGAUCUUGAUAAGGAUCGAUUGAUGUUGCUGUUCUCACCGUUUGGGAAGGUCGAGAAUGCUUUCAUGCUGAAGGACAAGCGACAGCGGUUGGGCGAUAAACGCGAAAAGAAGACCGUCGCCACAGGUGUGGUUGUUUUCACGUCGAUUGUGAGCGCUCAUUCAGCAGUUCUCGACAGUGAGAAGCAGAAGAAAACAGGCGGUGGAGAAUGGACUGUUAUCGACUCGGUGUUUUGGGCAUCUGGAAAUGAACCAAACCUGGGACGAUCUGACGACACAUCUCCAACUCCAAACCCUUCUACUCCCCCCAAUGGAGCUCGGUAUUCCAAACCUACAGCAGAGCCACCAACAUCGAUUCCGGAGAAGAAACCGAAAUUCGAUUUUUCAAGUCUCAAAGACCGCAGUACGCCGUCAUCUAAGAGCGCUGGGAAGCCCUCUUUCGGAUCCUUUUCACCUGCCGCUGCGAGCGAUGCAAAAAAGAGCACAGCGCCACCUUCAGCAUCCGGUAGUAGACCUCCUUUGACAACGCCGAGUUUGGAAGAGGUCACGUUGAUGCGACUGAAGGAUGCGCAGCGCGAAAAGGAGCGUAAGGCGUUGGAGGAGAAGUUGCGUAGAGAAGACGAAGCUGCUGAUGCCGCAGCUGCUACUUCUGCCAAUGAGGUUUAG